UGCUGAAAGCAGCAGCAGACAUGUUGUCGUUUGUCAAAGACACUGUCGACUACAAGUCAGACAACGGGGAAUUCAACACUACUUGCCAUCCUUUUUACUUUGGCCCAGCGUUCACCGACAUGCACCUACGUUGGGACGACAGCAGCUAUCGCUGCAACACCAUUCUUGUAACACGGGUGUUAGGUAGGGGAUUGACGGUCUUCGUUCCGGUUUAUGAAAAGGCCUUGGAGAACCGGCGGUACGCACGUCUUUUGCAGCAACAUGGAGAAGUAAGUCCAGACAUUUUGGAGCAAGAUUUGGGGCUACCGGUACAGCAUGAGUAUUUGCUAGCAUGGACUGUUGAGGCUUGGAAACCCGGUGGGGCCCUCCGAGUGAUGCAUGCCGAGGGUGGUGAAAUCUGGAAGCGAUAUCAAAAGGGUGGAGACCUCUACGAACAGACCCAGCAGCGACAUCAGGAGGGUGGAGACCUCUACGAACGAUAUCACGCGGGUGGAGACCUCUACGAACGAUAUCAAAAGGGUGGAGAUCUCUACGAACGAUACCACGAGGGUGGAGACCGCUACGAACAGAUCCAGCAGAUGAUGACUGAAGCUUGGAACCCAGGAGGACACUUUCGAGAGAUGUAUUCCGAGGGUGGUACUCAUUCGAAGGGACGCCGGAAGGGUAGCGAUUCAGCGUCCGAGUUGGUACAGGAGUAUGCGAAGCACCAAUGGAUCAAAAGGGAGGCACCCAACGGAGUCUGUCUCAAGGACAACCAGCUGUGGUGUCAUUGUUGCGUAUGGCAUUGA